AUGCCAAAAAGGAGACAAGUGCUAUCUGCACUGCCCUCCCUUGCUCUCCUCCUCUUCAUCUACUUCAUCCUCUUCGACACCCGAAUAAAACCGCCUCCAGUGGUCUUCUCCAACACCACCAUUACACAACAGGAAACACCUCAUUCAAACACACAAUCACAAUUCAGCCUCCUUAUUGGAAUCCUAACCCGCCCAGAUGGCUAUGAUCGCCGCCACUUCCUACGCCUCAUCUAUGGAAUUCAAUCCUCACCCAUAGCUGAAAUCGACGUAAAGUUUGUUUUCUGCAACCUCACCAAGGCUGAACAAAGGGUAUUCAUAGCUCUCGAGAUCCUGCGGUUUAAGGACAUUAUAAUCCUCGACUGCUAUGAAAACAUGAACAGUGGCAAGACUUACACAUACUUCUCGUCCCUCCCACGCAUCCUUUCGCGCCGUUAUGACUAUGUCAUGAAGGCUGAUGAUGAUGUUUUCUUGAGGCUGGCACCACUAGCGUUGUCUCUCCAGCCAAGACCGAGGUUAGAUUUGUACUAUGGGUUUGUCGUACCAUGUCCUAGCAUGGAUCCAUUUGUGCAAUACAUGUCAGGAAUGGGUUUUGUGCUAUCUUGGGACCUAGUUGAGUGGAUUGAGAGUUCUAAUAUUCCUGUAAAUUACACAUAUGGGCCAGAGGAUAAACUGGUUGGGUUAUGGCUGAAUAUGGGGAACAAGGCAAAAAACAGGUUCUCUAAUAAGCCGGCAAUGUACGAUUAUCCAGGGACUAACGGAAGGUGCUCACAUGAGCUUAUUCCAGAGACUGUGGCAGUCCAUAGGCUUAAGAGGUGGGCUCAAUGGCUGGAUGUGCUUCACUUCUUCAAUGUGACCAAAGCACUUGAGGAGUCCAAACUCUACAAUGUCUGA